CUUGAAAUGGUCCUCAACGGGACUCUUCUGCCAUUUGCUGUUAAUGUACUUAAUCUCUGCAGCGGCUCCAUGGGCAGCAGACGAUCAGUUGAACCAGUACACGUGAUUUAGCACAGCACAGACACUGCCUUCAGGGAGAUCUCAAACUCCACUGUAUUGCUGUGAAUUUGUAACUCCUCUACAGAGGAUAAAUGUGGUUUCCCUGUCUGGAAGUGUUGGCCAUGAGCUGAGUUUGCGGUGGCAGUAAUCCACCAAGGCGAGAACGGAGUCAUCAGCAGCCUCACACAAAUCCUUAUGAAACAUUAUCGUCUCAAGUAGGUUUAUAAUCGUUGCCUAAUGGUGGAUCACCAUGUAAAGAUGAAAUGUGCUCCUGGGUUUGAAGUCCUGCAGUUGACAUAAGAUUGGAAACACUUUGUGCUUCCACACUUCAAUGAGGAUCAUCUCACGGACCAGAAGAGGAAUCUUUCUAUACAACACCAGGAGCUCCUUGAUAACCUCAUCAUGCAUGGCGGAGGCAUUUAGUACUGCCUGCAUGUGAAGCUUCUCAAGUAGCUCAUGCUGUCUGAACCACCUUGUAGGUUUCCAGACUUUGAACGAUUCCCUCUGCUUCCCCCGGAGAGAUCACAGACGAGUCCAUAUUAUUUAAGUUAGCAUGGGUUGUGAACCCGACCGACUGGUGUUUGUAUUUUCCUCAAUCUGCAGCAAUAAUCUUACAGAAAUACAUAAAAGACCAAAAACACAGAUCAAAGUUGGUCAGUUGUGUAUGGAAGUUGUUUUUUGUUCAGUACUUUCAUGUUGUGACAUGAAGGGAGAGCAACAUUUCUGCUUUUGCUUUCAUAUCUUAGUGGAGAGACCUUAGUCUACAGCUGACUGGAACUUACUGGAAGAAGAGGAUGUCUGGUUGGCACAAAUUUGCACUACUAGUGUAAAAUCAAAUGUAAAAGUCAUUUGACACCCAGUGUUGUCACAGCAAAACACUGAUGAACGGAAAAGAGCCUAAAUUUUUAUCGCAGUUCCACACAAGUUCCUCCUCAAUGCAGCUCCAGAUGAAUUCCUGCAUUGUAAAAUCUGCUCUGUGGCUUGUGUGCGCUAGCUUGCUGUUCAGCUCCUCUCAGAGCUGCUAUCAGUGCUUUUUUGAGGCAAGAGACAGUGUUCGUCUGUGUUUUGAACACACCAGGUCACACAUGGUUAUAGAUACCUGCAUGAGGAUGUUGAACCGUAUAUUCAACAAUAACAACAGUGUGAUUGCGGCUGGCAGAGUAGGUCGUGGAUAUGAUAAGCAGCUGAAUGAUAUUUUGCAUGCAGAAAUUCGGCCCUUGGAAGCUGAAUUUGGCCUAAUGGAAAAUGUAGUCCCGGCGAUGUAUGAGGGGAGGCUUCAGACAGCAGCAGACAAUUUCAUCGCAGCUGCGUCCAGACUGCCUCGAGCCUCUGGAUGUGUCCCUCCAUGUGGUUUCCAGAGUGCAGGUGCCGUGUACAACUGUGAUACCUGCAGGUACGUCUCCUGUGAGCUCCCUCUCGACUGUCCAGUUCGAAGAAUCAACGUCACGGAGAAUAACAGGAGUCGAAUGUGGUGCGACGUGCAAUUUCGCUUGCCAGACAACAUCAAGAUAAUGUGGAGGUUCGCAGAAGAGGUGGAAACGCGGCAGAUGAAUCAGUUUGAAGUAGUGACUGUUGGGGUGGACAAGCUUUAUUAUAUCCCUUCAGCCAGCCCACAGCAUCAGGGCACCUACAUGUGUGAGAUCUUCUCAGACCAGCGGUCCAUCGUGAGACUAUACUUCUAUCUUACAGUGACCUCUCACAAUACAAGAGGUUAUGAAAAGCUGCAGGACAUAUUCGACCUGUCUCUGCUUCCAGGAGGGAGGUUACUCGGCAGCACUGCAGCUGAUGAUGAUCCUCCCCACGUCUUUCUCCCUCCACUGCUGCUUCUUAUAGCCUGUUUAACUUCUUUGCUGCUCCUGCUCUUCCUCACCCUCGGGGCUUUGUAUUGGUCGUUACCAGAGAAAACUAAUCUUUCUGAAAAUGAUGGAGACGAUUUAGGAUCUGGACAGUUAAACAGCUACACGUAGAGAAAUAUAGUAGUAAAGUAAUUAUACAUAUAGUGUGAGCGUCGUUCUUAGUUAACCGAGAGUUGAGGUAGAUUUAUACUCUGGACUUAUCCACAAAGCAACAACUUUACUGUACUUUUACAAUGUUUGCCUGUAUUUGUAUUUAUUUAUCCGCCACAUGAGGGUUGUGUGGGGUGCUGUGCCAACCUCAGCUGACAUAGGGCAAAAGGCAGGGUCAGACCCUGGACAGAUCGUCUGUGAGAUGAGUAGUAUGCAUGCCACAUUGUUAAUAGAAGGGUUAAGCACGUCAUUGUUUCAAGAAAUGUCUUCACCCACACAACAUCUAAAAUGGCUUUCAAUGGUUUAGUAUGUCAGGUUGUACAAGAAAAUGUUGCACUUAUGAAAUGAAACAAAAAAUAAAUCAGUUCAUCUCCAAAAGGUACAUCUCAAGACAUAAUUUGCAAUAAUAUAAAGAAAAAAUGUGAUUUAUGACAUGGAGUUAUUGGACCAUACAUCUGCUGUACAUUAUAGUAUUGCACAGUAAAAUGUUACAAUAUUUGCAUACAAUGAUAUUUUCAAAGCUUGCCCACGACUCCUGUCAUCAUCUCGAAGUGUGAAAUACAAGAAUGAAAUGGUAUAUUAUGUAAAAGUUAAGUAAGGGAGUCCAUAAAGUACACAGUUGAAGGACGAUGGUUUGAGAGGGAUUUUGUUGGGAGCAUCAACUUUCUUUGAAUCAGUGAGGCGUACUGGAUCAUGUGACCCUGUAGCCUUAUGCAUCAUCUUUGAACCAUUCCUUCUCAAGGCAUGGAUGGUCUGACCACAGGUUUGUCUGACUCUCACCAGGUUUUCUAGUAAAGUUACCAUAUUGUUUGCUGUCUGUUGAAAGCUACUCUGCCACUGAUUAACAACAAUACCACCAACACCACACAAACUCAAUAGCAGAGCAGUCUCCUGGGUUUUUAACUGGGGAAACUGUCCAGCGCUAGUGUGCGUGUCAUGGACUGACUGCUGGAGACUGCUGGCAUCGUUGUGAACUUGCUCAAAGAGGAGAGCCAUGCGGCACUUUGACAGUUGGAGGGCUGCUAGUUUUCCAGGUGAGAUGUUAGCCAUGAAGUGCUCCCUCCCAAGGUAAAUAAAGGCACUGCAUCUGCAUAGUAGGCGCUCCAACUCAGACAGACUGCCCAUGAAGUCGUCCUUCUGAAGUUUGGAAACCUUACUGUAGGUGUCCAUAAUCUCCAUCAUCUUCGUAGUCAAACUAGUCUCAAAGUUGCCGCCAUUGUAAGAAUCAGCAAUAUAUUUUACAUUUCGAAAGUCAACUGAGAAGGUGUUUGAGGGUAAGUCCGGUAUCGCUUUGCUACUUUGGUUUUGUUUUUCUUUUUUCUUCAACUUACUUUUCUUGCCACUUUUGCUCUUUUUUUCAUUGUCACAUUGAUCACUCUCUGGUUUCACUUUGUUCAAUCUACUGUGAAGAAGCUGGAGGGAAAGGUCUCGUGACACAGAGAUCACGCCUUCCUCCAGCAGAAAAGGUAAGGAUUCCAGUGGCAAAUCCAGCAACUUCCUGUCUGCUAGCAACACCACAUAUUCACCUGGGUCUGGGAUUGGUUUAGGCAAGUUUUGCUUCUUUUUCUUAUCUUUGGAUUUUGUCGUUUCAAUAGGUGGUUCUAUUUC